CAAUUCUGCAGGUAAAACCCACCAGCAAUAGAUUCUGUCUAGGUUCGCACUGAAUGCAUCCGUCCUGUAAACGGCAGAGGAAUAUUACUGAAAGGGAGUUGGGGCUAGAAUUAAUAACUGGUGCAUGAUUGGAGUGCAAGGUUGGUGGGGGAGGGGACGGGUGCUUACAUUUUGGGAUUCUAAUGAAAUUCGUUUGCUAUGUACUUCUUUAUGCUCUGCAGCAUCGGCAUAGUGCAGCAAGGCACUAUUUGGUUACCUUACGUGGUCGGCGAAAAUACCGUGGGAGAAGAGAGUGGAAAUUGCUGAGCUGGCAAGAAGAGCUCACUUCGAUCCAUUUUUAAACUGUAGUGUGACAAGCAAGGAGCAGCAGAAAAGGCGAUGGUCGAGUCUGCUAGAAAUGCAGGAGCGGCAGCAGUGGCAAUAACCCUGCACUGAAAAAAGAAGCUUCUGCAGAGCCAAGCUGGGGUCCAAUCCAGGCAGGGACCACCAAGCGCUGCAGGGACAGCGGCAGCGACAGGGACCCCCGAAAGAGACUCCUGGUCCCUUCCAACACGCUAAAGAUGACGGUGGUAACCGCAGAUAUCAUGGACGAGACCUCCGCCCUGCCAGGGCAUCCGCAGGACAGUUACCAACCGGACCAUCACAUCGACCACGACUGUUGCGAGCGGGUUGUAAUAAACAUUGCAGGUUUACGGUUCGAAACCCAGCUGAAGACUCUAGCACAAUUCCCCAAUACAUUGUUGGGCAACCCCAAAAAGAGAAUGCGAUACUUCGACCCUUUGCGCAACGAAUACUUUUUUGACCGGAACCGACCCAGUUUCGACGCUAUUCUGUACUACUACCAGUCCGGUGGCAGACUACGGAGACCUGUCAACGUGCCCCUGGACAUGUUCUCCGAGGAAAUCAAGUUCUAUGAACUGGGCCCGGAGGCAAUGGACAAGUUUCGAGAAGAUGAGGGUUUUAUCCGAGAAGAGGAGCGCCCUUUGCCAGAAAAUGAGUAUCAGCGCCAGGUCUGGCUCCUUUUCGAGCAUCCUGAAAGCUCUGGACCUGCAAGGAUCAUCGCCAUAAUCUCUGUCAUGGUCAUUCUCAUAUCCAUUGUGAUAUUCUGCCUGGAAACCUUACCUGAUCUCAAAUAUCUACAGCCAGAGGACAGGAUCCAGGAGAUUGGUAACACCACUAUCCGCAUUAAGAGGAACAUAUUCUUCAAUCCCUUCUUUGUUGUGGAAACGCUCUGUAUUAUCUGGUUUACUUUUGAAUUAGGAGUUCGUUUUGUCGCCUGUCCAAGCAAGGCAGAGUUCUCAAAGAACAUCAUGAACAUUAUUGACAUUGUGGCUAUUAUCCCCUAUUUCAUUACUCUAGGCACUGAGCUUGCCAAUGAUGAGACCGCCACAGUUGAACAGAAAGGGGACCAGGCCACUUCCCUAGCUAUUCUGAGGGUCAUCAGACUGGUAAGAGUCUUUAGAAUAUUCAAGCUAUCCAGACACUCUAAAGGGCUUCAAAUCUUGGGCCAGACCCUUAAGGCUAGCAUGAGGGAACUGGGACUCUUAAUCUUUUUCCUUUUCAUUGGAGUCAUCCUAUUCUCUAGUGCUAUCUACUUCGCAGAAUUUGAGCAUCCAGACACUUAUUUCACGAGUAUCCCCGAUGCAUUCUGGUGGGCGGUAGUAUCCAUGACUACGGUGGGCUACGGUGACACGGUUCCUGUGACAAUUGGAGGUAAGAUCGUGGGGUCGCUUUGUGCCAUCGCAGGCGUGCUGACAAUUGCCUUGCCUGUACCUGUCAUCGUGUCCAACUUCAACUACUUUUACCACCGAGAAACAGAAGGAGAGGAGCAGGCUCAGCUGCUCCGCACAAGUUCACCCAACCUGGCCACCCAGAGCGACGCCAGCCGUCGCAGUUCGUCCACCUUCAGCAAGUCCGAGUACAUGGAGAUCGAAGAAGACCUCCACAAUAGUAUAGAUAAUUUAAGGGAGGCCACUCUCAGAACUGGCAAUUGCACUCUAGUCAAUCAAAACUGCGUUAACAAAAGCAAACUCCUGACCGAUGUUUAAUUCAUUUAAAUACAAUCACCCUAUUUCAGUUUGGGGAGAUUGGGGGGCUUCAUCUAAAGCCCCCCGCCCCAGCUAGAUACUGUAAUAACCGUGGAAUGCGUCCUGUACCUCGUAAAUGCAUUGUUGCAUUAUGGUUACUAUAGAUAUGUGUCUAUACUUUUUCGCUCUGCAGUAUGCAAGACUUGUCAGGAUGUGAAAAAUGCAAACGCUCUUUUUUAACGGUUUGUUUUAAAUGGAAAUUUUCUAGUACGCGAGCGAAAAACAGUUAAAACCAUAGAUUUACUGUGACAGAAUACCCUCUUUUUCUGAAAGAGGUGCUUUGCCCCCUAGUUUUUGCCUGGCAACUUUUUAUCAAUAAUAAUCUUACAAUAAGCUACGAAUAGAAAAUACACCCAUAAUAUUGCAGAUAAAUUAUGCAUGAAAUUUACUGUAGUCUUCUGCUAACAGCAUAUUGCAUCCUGAGUGAGAAUGCAACCCUCCCCUAAACACGACUAAUUUCUGCUUUUCUGCCGUGGACAUCUGCAAGUACCGGCAUAUAUUGAUCAAUGCAUCUCACUUUGUGAAUGGCAGUUCUGUUAACUGAAAAGUGAUGGAAACCCUAGUUGCCCAUUUAAGGACAUUACCUAUCUGUAAUCCGUCCCCAUAUGAACACUUUUAAUAUUCCAUCAGACUUUAUAACACUGCUUUUCACACCAUUCCUCACCCCACCCCCAACAUCUGCAAUGCUGCUAUAUAUGUUUUUUUCUGCAGAUGCUGUAACUUAGAUUCACACAGAAAUGGGAUGCAGAGGUCUGAAAGCAACACAGCACAAUGAAAAAUCCUUUAAAUAUUAAGAAAAGCAUGAUGUGAUAACAGUCUUUUCUAAAUAGCAUGCCUUUAAAACUUUACCUCAUAUACUAGAGAAUAUGAUUUAAUUUAGACUGAUUGCAGGUCUUUGCUCUCUUUCUCAUUUGCAUUCACCAGAAGUGCACUCCUUAUUUAUAAAUAAUUUAUGAGUUAUUUAAAAGACCUUAAGUGCUGAAUGUACAGGACUUAUGGAAAUAAUUUAUUUUUGAGUGAUCAAAGCAUGUUCAAUACUAAGCAUUAUGGCCUAUUUGAGCAAAGGUGUACAAUAUGGACUAAUCUGUGCAUGACUUGGAUUUUACAAGCACUUGAAUGAUAUGAGGGACUUUUUUAUAAAUAUAU